CUCUAUGCAAGGGGGCUCGAUUAUCUGCAUUUUUCAUGUGAUCCGCCUAUUGUUCAUGGAGAUGUCAAACCGUCAAAUAUAUUGCUCGAUUGCAAUUUCGAAGCCAAAAUUGCUGAUUUCGGGCUGGCUCAGGUGCUGACCAAAUUGGAGGAGACUGUGGAGAUGUUUGUUGAAGAGGAUGAGGAGGAGAAGAAAGGGGGCGAUUACGUAUCAAUUAUCGAGGAAACCGAAAGCUAUGUAACGGAGGAUGCUGUGGUUGUGAGUGUGGACCAAUCACCGGAUACUUGUUGUGUGAGGAUAAUUGAUGUGGAGGCAUCUCCAUUGGAGUGUUUGGAGAAGGAAGGCAGUGCUUCGGAUCGAAUCAGUGUGGAUAGUGGGAAUCGGAAAGUAAUUGGGGGAAGGGGUAAGAGCGAAUCCGGUAGGGAUUGGUGGUGGAAGCAAGAGAAUGUGGGCGGGUUAUCUGAUUCGGGUAGGGUCAAGGAUUACGUAAUGGAGUGGAUUGGGAGCGAGAUUAACAAGGAGAGGCCCAAGAAGGAUAAUUGGAUCAAGUCCACGAGUUCGAUCGAAGAAGGUUCUGUAUCCGAGGAGCAAAAGAAACAGGGGAAGAAGAAGCUGGAGUGGUGGGCAUCGCUCGAUAGGGAGGCGAUGAGGAAGGAGAAAAGGAAUAAUCGGAAACCGAGGGAGUGGUGGAAGGAAGAGUUCUGCGAAGAGCUUGCCAAGAAAAAGAAGAAGAAAAGGGGUGGUGGUGGUGGUGCCGCCGCCGCCGGAGAAUUGUGGUGGCAGAAGGAUGACGACGCGGUGGUGCCGCCGGAGAGAAAGAGGAGGAGAAGCAGGGGAAGCAGCAUUGACCGUUGGAUCGAGGGUUUCAGCGGCGAAUUUCGAUUAGGGAGAAGAAAUAGUCAAGAUUUUGGUAAUAGUAAUAAUAAUAACGGUGAAAUUCCCAAGAGUGGGGGUAUUAGUAGUACACCGAGUAUGAGAGGAACCGUUUGUUAUAUAGCACCGGAGUAUGGCGGUGGAGCGGAGGUUUCAGACAAGUGCGACGUGUACAGCUUUGGUGUUCUUUUGUUGGUUAUGGUGUCCGGGCGAAGGCCAUUGCAAGUGAUGGCUUCUCCAAUGUCGGAAUUCGAACGGGCGAAUUUGAUCUCGUGGGCACGCCAGCUGGCAAUGAGCGGGCGGCUCUUGGAUCUCGUGGAUUCGAAUAUUGAAUCGUUGGAUCGGGAGCAAGCGUUGAUGUGCAUCACCGUUGCACUUCUCUGCUUGCAGAGAUCGCCUAUUAAACGCCCCUCCAUGAAAGAUAUCGUGGGGAUGCUCUCCGGUGAAUCGGAGCCGCCACACUUGCCUUUCGAGUUCUCUCCUUCGCCGCCUUCCAACUUUCCGUUCAAGUCACGGAGAAAGGCUCGGUGAGUUUUUUUUUUCGUUUUUUUUUUUUAAUUAAAUUAAAUUAAAUUUAAUGCCUUUUUCUUUUCAUGAGUAUAAUCUUGGUGUCUUGAAUUAUUAUCCUUUUUGUUUGAUCUGUUUGGAAAUGAUGAAGCACAGAAAAGUGGGUUUGAAAUAUAGUUAGGAAUCCCAUGCAUAAAAGUUAUAGAUGUAAUGUCAAAUGACAAAUAAUUGCUCUUGAUUGAUUUUGUGCCACUAGCUUUAUUAUUCUUUGCC